AUGACGAAAAUCGGUUUUGCCGUCGAUCGGGGUGGCACUUUCACUGACGUCUGUGUAUUCUAUCCGGAUGGGAGGACACGUGUACUGAAAUUGCUGAGCGAAGACCCGGACAACUAUGCCGAUGCCCCGACCGAAGCGAUUAGACGAGUCCUGGAAGAGGAGGGAAAACAGAAGAUUCCACGCGGGACCCCAAUACCUACAGAGAACAUUGCCUGGAUUCGGAUGGGGACUACGGUGGCCACGAAUGCGCUUUUGGAGAGAAAGGGAGAGCCGAUGGCGCUUUUGAUUACCAAGGGUUUUAAAGAGAACUUCUCCCUUUUUGCCGACCGGUUCAAGGAGUUGCGAAGACAAACCACCGAUCAGCUCAAGUCGCAGGGCUUCAAAGACGAAGCCAUCGAAGCCGAGUGCUUCCUCCAUAUGCGAUAUGCCAAGACGGACUGCGCCAUCAUGACGGCGGCGAAUUUUGAUCCCGCUGAUCCGAAAACAAUCGAAAAGUUUAUGGAGAAUUUCAGAAGCACGUACAAGCGCGAAUUCGGGUUUGUUCUGGACACUCGUCAGGUACAGGUGGAUGAUAUACGGGUGCGUGGAAUCGGGAAAAGCGGAAUUGAGGUGAAGGAUCAUAUCGAGAAAGCUGAUGAUCCACUUGGAGCACCAAAAUUGGGGAACGAGACUGUUAUUUCGAGGGUGGACCACAGAGUACGAAACUGUACGAGC